AUGUCCGCUCAUGGCAACGCGGACUCUCAGGAUACUGAGCCCUCCGUCAAAAUGGCGUCGCCCUCUAUGAAUGGGCAUGAGGAGACCUCCUACACCAUUGGCUCUUCGGUGCAGCCCUCGCCAUCACCAUCUCCAUCUCUCAAACACGAAUCAUCAGUCAAUACCACGCUGCCACUGCACAAGUCAGAGACCCCACCCGGCCCUGACUCGAAGCCCGUCAAGGACGAGUCGGAAAUGAAGCAAGAAACUGUAGGCGGCGAAAUUGUCGUGAAAGAGGAACCAGGCCAACCACCCAAGCUUGCUCGCAACUCGUCACAGAAAAUUGUGCCCCGGCCGCCUCAGCUGUUCUCACAUUUGCCUGACAGCACCCAGGAUGCGCUGGCCACAUUCGAACAGAUCGAGGCUUGUUGGUACGCGAACAAGAAUAUGGGCUACACGGAGCAUGCGAUGGAGUGCGAUUGUGCGGAAGAGUGGGACUCCGAGGCUGGCCUGAACCAAGCGUGUGGCGAGGAUUCCGACUGCAUCAACCGUGCAACGAAAAUUGAGUGCGUGGGCGACUGCGGCUGCGGGCCAGAUUGUCGGAACCAACGAUUCCAGAAAAAGCAAUACGCACCAGUCGCGGUCAUCAAGACUGAAAAGAAAGGCUUUGGUCUUCGAGCGGAAGCCGACCUCGAUCCCCACCAGCUCAUCUUUGAAUAUGUCGGUGAGGUCGUUGGGGAGGCCCAAUUUCGGCGCCGGAUGAAACAGUACGAUGAGGAAGGCAUCAAGCACUUCUAUUUCAUGUCCUUGAACAGAAAUGAAUUCGUCGAUGCAACGAGACGGGGUAACUUGGGCCGCUUCUGCAACCAUUCGUGCAACCCAAAUUGCUAUGUCGACAAAUGGGUGGUGGGCGAGAAAUUCCGCAUGGGCAUCUUCGCCGAGCGAUCGAUCCGAGCCGGCGAGGAACUUGUCUUUGAUUACAACGUCGAUCGCUACGGCACGGAACCGCAGCCGUGCUACUGUGGGGAGCCCAACUGUGAAGGGUUCAUUGGAGGCCGUACUCAGACCGAGCAGGCGACCAAGCUGUCCAAUGCGACAAUUGAGGCCUUGGGUAUCGAUGAUGCGGAUAGUUGGGACACGGCUGUUGCUCGGCGUCCUCGCAAGAAGAAGACAGGCGAGCCUGACGAAGAAUAUGUGGACAGUGUGCAACCGAAGUCUCUGGAAGAGGAUGGCGUCACCAAAGUUAUGGCGGCGCUCAUGCAGUGCAAAGAGAAAUGGAUCGCUGUCAAGCUCUUGAGCCGCCUUCAACGAUGUGAGGAUGAGCGGGUGCGCAAUCGCGUUGUUAAGAUGCACGGAUACCAAAUUCUGAAUUCACAAUUGGCCAUGUGGAAGGAAGACAAUAACGUGCUCUUGCAAAUCCUGGACAUCCUCGACCAAUUCCCCCGCUUGACGCGCAACAAGAUCAUUGACUCGAAGAUCGAGUCCAACAUCCGCCCUCUGACGACUCAUGAGGACGAACGGGUUGCAACCAAGGCUGCGGCAUUGUUGGCUAGUUGGUCAAAUUUAGAGGUCGGAUACCGAAUUCCUCGAAUGAAGCGAGGCGAUCAGCAGGCUAAGCCUGCUGUGAAUCAAUUUGAACUCUCGAGGACACGGUCCGGGUCAGCCCCGGCGCGAUCGCAACAUGCACCAUCAUGGUGGACUGGGUCCAGGAGCAUCGGUGGAGGUGGUGGUGGCCGGUCACGCCGAGAUCGUCGCAAUGACCCUCGCAAUCGACAACCUUUGCCCGAGGGAUGGUUCACUGCAGAGGCCGAAGGAGGCCGGGUCUACUACUACUCGGCAUCUGGAGAGACGACAUGGACUCGGCCAACCGCCCCUGCGCCAUCUGCUUUUGCGCCUGCUACCAAGCGCAACCAGGCGUUGCAGAGUAUCAUUGACGGGAUUGUGAACUCGCAAGACAAGACGCUGUCGGAACGGAAGACGUCAACCCCGGGGACACCCCAGCCCUCAUCUGAGGUGCCCGAAAAGAAGAAGAAAGAGGGCGACUGGUGGAAGAAGCUUUCCUUGGAGAAGCAAAAGAAGCUUUAUGAGAAUACGCUGCAUCCGACAAUCAAGCAUGUCGUAGACCAGUACAAGCAUAAGCUUCCCAAGGAGGAUCUGAAGCGCUUCGCCAAAGAGACUGCCAAGAAGCUGGUGGAGGGUGAUUACAAGCACCAGCGCGUCGCUGAUCCAACCAAGGUCAGCGAAAAGCAUCAAAAAACGGUCAAGUCCUACUGCAAGAACUUCUUCGAGAAGGCGGCCGCCAAGCAUAAGGAGCGCGAAGCGCGCAAGGCCCAAAAAGGGGCUUCGGCGACAGAGUCAAAGCCCGGCAGCACACCAGCCGACGCGCACGACAUAAAAAUGUCGGAUGAUGAACAGGAGGGACCUGCCAGCGCCGUCGCGAAUCGUAGUGCUGGAUCUUUGACGCCAAUGGAUGAUGGCAGUAGCAACACAUCUGCACUAAAGCGCAAACGUGACGGCGACGCAAGCCCACCCGGAGCCGCCGAGACACAUCUUGCCUCUGACAUGGAGAAUUCACCAUCCAAACGUCAGAAAUCCACGCCGCCGCCUCCACCUCCUCCACCUCCACCUGUGGAUGGCCCUCCGGAGACAGAAGAUCCCGACACGUCGGUCUCGUCACCCAUGCCAGACGUGAAGGCCAACGAUGUUGCUGGUGAGGGUGGAAGUGAUGUGGAGAUGCAUGAUUUUCCGACGCAACCUGAGGCGGUGGGUUUACAUGGGCAAUCAUAG